UUGAUUAGCUGGAGUUGGUGCUGUAUGUGCUCAUGUUUCGUCCCCCUUCUGUUUAUUAAUACAUAUAAACAGAUUAAAUGUUGCCUGGGAGACCUGUGGCAUAUGUUUAAACUCGGUCAGAGAGAGGCCAGACUACCGCUGCCCUUUUUUCAUGUUCAGUUGGCUACCAGCUCUUCAGUUGGGGUUCACUUCAUGGUUAUUGUCCUGGAUCCUUGUUAUCUGAGUCAAGUUGAGGUCAACAUAUAAAAUGGAGGAUCAAGAAAUGAACUUUGAGCAAGCUUAUGGACCUCUAUCGGAGACAGAAAGAACAUUUGAUCCCUUAUUUAUUGAAGAGGAAGAUGAAGACUACUUUGAAGAUUGCUUGGAAGAGAUCCAGGCUGCUCUAACUCUUCCUGAAGAGUCCAUGCCUUAUUCACAAAAAUGCAGAAAAGCUUUGCAAGCUGAGUUUAAUGGACUUAUGCAACAGAUGUUGGCACAGCUAGAUGUUUUUGAUGCAGCACAUCCAACCACAUCUGCACCACUGGAGAUAUUUUCAGAAACAGAGAACAAAAUGGACAAGAAUGGAUUCGCAAAAACAAUCAAGUUUAAAGAGACGUGCCUUCCAGAGAAAGAGCAAACUGUGUUGGAGGUCGAAAAUGAUGCUGCAGGGGUUCCUGUCGAGGCAAGGCCUGAGUUGUCUGCCACCAUGGAAUUACAAAAGCUCAGAGCAGCAUUUGAGAGCUGUAUUGAGGAGGUGGGCCAGUUGGAGCGCAGAAGGGAUGAGUUGGUUCAGGAGCUUCUGGAGCUAGAGGAGCCCAUGGCCCAAGAGCUGCAGACUGUAAGGGAAGCUCUGGGGGAGGAACAAGGCCUCCUGUCCAAAGUCAGACUGGAGAGACAGAGCCUGCGGGAGGAGACGCAAAUGACUAAGAAACGCCUGUUCAUAGCGGCUCGAGACUGUACACAGAGACAAGUAGAGCUUGAAUUACAACAGAAAGAGGUGGAGCAGCUCAACCAAGCUCAGUUAAGGUAUUCCAUCCUGCAUUCACAAAAUCAGGAGGAGCUGAAGUCCCUUGCUGUUAAGAUGACUGAGGAGAUCACCAAGAUUCAUUCAGAUCACCAAAGCCACCUGCAGGAAAUGCAGAAGCAGCAGAACCUCACUCAAGAAUCCAGCAAGAGGAAGACCCGCUCUUAUGUGACUCAAGGACGACGGGCCUCUUGUGACCUACAGCAGUACCUGCAUGGUGGGAUAAAAGCUCUGGAGGAGUUUUACGAACCCCGGUUAGAGUCCCUGUUAAAGAGACGGGAGGUCACCAUGGAUGCUCUCGGUAAGGCUAAAGAGCAGUGCCUGGAGAUGAGAGCCCAGUUAGGACCACUGAGACAAGAAGAGCAGGCGCUGAGACUCCAGAGAACUUGUCUGGAGGAGAGGAUCCGACUAAUGGAGAUACAGAGGAGGGAAAAUGUGGAACAAUAUCGGGAGACGGUGGACAUCUUAGAGGAGAACAUCAGAGAACUGAAAACUCAGCUCAAGAUCCAGAUAAAGAAGAGUGAAGAAUUGGAGAUGCUGAAGAAAAGCAUGGCCAGAGAGCUGUUCUUCUACAGGCAACGUGUAGAGGGUCCUCACAAGCAAGAGAACAGUGUGGUGGUGGAAAAAACCUAAUGAACUCAUGUUUGCUAUUAAUUAUCUCAUUAGUUAUGUUAAAUGCUUUUGAUAUAUUGGUUUCAUAGUUUAAUCCAAAUAACCUGUAUUCUCAUAAACAAUCACCAAAACA